CACACAAACAUGAUGACGAUGCUGAGGAGCCUUACCACAUCAUUACCAUACCCUUUUCAAAUCCUACUAGUCUUUAUCAUCUCCAUGGCAUCAAUCACUUUACUGGGCCGAAUACUAGCAAGACCCAUCAAAACCAAAGACCGGUCUCGCCAGCUUCCUCCUGGUCCACGAGGAUGGCCCAUCCUCGGCAAUCUACCCGAACUCAUCAUGACUCGUCCUAGGCACAAGUAUUUCGCCCUUGCCAUGAAAGAGCUCAAAUCCGAGAUCGGAUGUUUCAACUUAGCCGGAGUCCACGCCAUCAUCAUAAACUCCGACGAGAUCGCUAGAGAAGCGUUUAGAGAGCGAGACGCCGACUUCGCGGACAGGCCUGAUCUUUUCAACAUGAGGACCAUCGGAGACAAUCACAAAUCAAUGGGGAUUUCACCUUACGGUGAACAAUUCAUGAAGAUGAAAAGAGUGAUCACAACGGAGAUUAUGUCCGUUAAAACAUUGAACAUGUUGAUGGCUGCGAGAACCAUCGAAGCGGAUAAUCUCAUUGCUUACCUUCUAUCGAUGUAUCAACGAGGCGAGACCUGCGACGUUAGAGAAUUCUCGAGGGUUUAUGGUUACACGGUGACCAUGAGAAUGUUGUUUGGAAGAAGACAUGUCACGAGAGAAAACAUUUUUUCCGAUGAAGGAAGACUAGGAAAAGCUGAAAAACAUCAUCUUGAGGCGAUUUUCGAAACCCUAAACUGUUUGCCGAGCUUUUCUCCUGCGGAUUACGUAGAAAAAUGGUUGCAAGGAUGGAACGUCGAUGGUCAAGAGGAGAGGGUGAUAGUGAAUAGUAAUAUUGUUCGUAGUUACAACAAUCCGAUAAUCGACGAGAGGGUCGCGUUAUGGAGGGAGAAAGGUGGUAAGGCUGCUGUUGAAGAUUGGAUUGAUACGUUCAUUACGCUAAAAGAUGAAAACGGAAAGUACUUGGUCACGCCAGACGAAAUCAAAGCUCAAUGCGUUGAAUUUUGUAUAGCAGCGAUCGAUAAUCCGGCAAAUAACAUGGAAUGGACACUUGCGGAGAUGUUAAAGAACCCGGAGAUUCUGAGGAAAGCUGUGAAGGAGUUAGACGAAGUAGUGGGAAAAGAGAGGCUUGUUCAAGAAUCAGACAUACCGAAUCUAAACUACUUAAAAGCUUGUUGCCGAGAAACAUUCAGGAUUCACCCAAGUGCUCAUUAUGUCCCUUCUCAUGCGGCUCGUCAAGAUACCACUCUCGGGGGAUAUUUCAUUCCCAAAGGUAGCCACAUUCAUGUAAGCCGUCCGGGACUAGGCCGGAACCCUAAAAUAUGGAAAGAUCCAUUGGUAUUCAAACCGGAGCGCCACCUCGAAGGAGACGGAAUCACAAAAGAGGUUUCUCUGGUCGAGACAGAGUUGCGUUUCAUCUCGUUUGGCACCGGUCGACGUGGCUGCAUCGGUGUUAAAGUCGGGACGAUCAUGAUGGUUAUAAUGUUGGCUAGGUUUCUUCAAGGGUUUAACUGGAAACUCCAUCCUGCUUAUGGACCGUUAAGUCUAGAGGAAGAUGAUGCAUUGCUUAUGGCUAAGCCUCUGCUCUUGUCCAUUGAGCCACGCUUGGCACCAAACCUUUACCCAAAAUUCCGCCCUUGA